AAUUAGUGUACGAAUCCAGGGUAUUGUGCGGAGGGCGUUUAUCUGUCAAAACGAGUGGUAUUCCCGUCGAUUAUGGCAGGCCGCGGACGAGAACUCACCCUACCUGCAUGGAUGCGACAGCAGCAGCAGCAGGAAGCUCCUGUGCCGCCACCUCCUUCCGUUCAUAUGCAUCGACAUGACCCGAACAUCUAUGCAGAUGCCAGCGCCGAUCUGCCGAAGCCGAGUCGCAGCAGCCGCGAUGAUGGGUACGGUGGCAGUACCAGCACGAGACCCCGAGAAGAGCCGCGACGCGAUGAGUAUGCUUCUUCUUCUCGCCAAGACAACUCCCGUCGAGAAGACAUCUCAUCGUCGUCUCGACGGGACGAAGUGCCGCACUCUUCCCGUUCGAGAGACGACGCCCAACCUCCUCCUCCAUCCUCGUCGUCGCGCAGCAGUCGGGACGACGUGCCCCGUAGCAGCCAUCGAUCCAGCCACCACGAGUCUCGGUCUGACAAGCCUCGCGAGAGUGACCGCCGAGGCAGCGAUCGAGGGAGCGCGUCGGACCGCGGCUCUGACCGUCGACGAAGAGACCGCAGUCGGUCGAAGGGUAGCAGCAGUCGUGAUCCCCGACGGGACUACGACGAGCCGCGCAGCAGCCGCUCCUCUCGCGGCGAUCGGAAAGGCGACUUCAAGAAGAUGGAGGGCUUUGGCACGCUGUCGCUCAGCGGGUCUGGCCGCGUGCGCGUGCGGCGCUUUGACAUUCUUCCGGCGGGCGUCACCCAGGACACGGCGGCCACGUACGCGGCGGAAGUGAUCAUGCAAGCGAAACUGGCGGCGCUGUCGGGCAUCGUCGGCCCCGCCUCCUUUGGACCUCCCACGAACGCCCACAUGCAUCACCUCUCAUUUGGAGGCAGCCAGCACUCGCGCCAUGCUCGUCGGCUGUACGUGGGCGGCUUUGGCGAGAUCACGGAAGCCGAGAUCGAGCGCUUCUUCAACGAAGUGAUCGACAAAGCACUCGGCGAAGUUCAAGAGCAUGGCUCGGUCGUGUCGGUGUACAUCAACCGCGAACGCCAUUUUGCGUUUGUGGAGCUGAAAACGAUCGAACUGACCACAGCAUGCAUGGAGCUGGACGGGAUCACGUAUCAUGGCCAGCCACUCAAGAUCCGACGCCCCAACGACUACAACCCGUCCGCCGUCAAGGAAACUGGUCCCAUCCCGAAACUGGAUGUGAAUGCUCUGGGUAUCGUGUCGACCUCUGUAAGCGAUGGUCCUGGCAAAAUCUUUGUCGGGGGGCUGCCUUAUCAGCUUAAUGAGGAGCAAGUGAAGGAACUUUUACAAGCAUUUGGCGCGCUCAAGUCUUUCCACUUGGUGAAAGAACUCAACACCAACCUAUCCAAGGGAUAUGGCUUUUGCGAGUAUUUGGACCCCGCGAUCACGCAGAUUGCAUGCGCUGGGCUGAAUGACAUGCAAGUUGGCGACAAAAUCCUCACGGUGCGGACGGCGCAGACGGCGGGCGGCCUCUUCCCCCCGCAAUUUGACCCCCUCACGGGCACCGAGCCCCUCGCGGUCGUGCCGUCGGCGCCGCUCGGGCAGCCGUCCCGCGUGCUCGUGCUGCUCAAUAUGGUCACCCCCGCCGAUCUCUCGGAUCCGGAGGAGUUUCAGGAUAUUUGCGACGACAUCCGCGCCGAGUGUGAAAAGUCUGGCGCGGUGCAAGAUAUGGUCGUGCCGCGCCCGGGGGAGGCGCAGUACCACCCGUCGUCAGUGUGCAAGGUAGGAAACAGUAUUGGGCUUUUUUGUGCAUAUUUUGGGUUUUUUUUUAGAGUUUUUUAGAGUUUUUGGAUUGUGUAACGUGGAAUGUAGAUUUUUGUCGCAUUUGCCCAACUCGAGUGUGCGGAAGCAGCGGCGAAUGAACUGCACGGACGCGGGUUUGCCAACCAGACGGUCGCCGUGGAAUUCAUGGACGAAGCCAAAUUCACCCGCCGUGACUUUUAAUACUAGGACGUUUUCAUUCGUUUUGACAGGGAAUUACUAUUAGACCCAUCGUAGGACGACUUAACAGUGCACGACAGCUUCGAAGGUGCCUUUGAGCAUAACUUUUGGUACAAAACUGUUA